AUGUUGCGGAGAUUUUCUACCCAGUUCAAGAAGAACAAGGACGCCAAUGGCGACGUCGAGCCCAAGGCUGAGAAGCAGAACAAGCGCUUCUCCAAGGUUGCGCCCGCGCGCAAGUCUUCCUCCAAGGAGGACACCACUGAGACACACCAGGUGAAGCGCGCCGAGGUUGUCGCAGUGUUUGAGAAGUAUGCACAGGCUAUUCACGCUUCGCGCGAGCCUUUGCCCAACCAGACUGGCGAUGGCACAUACCUGAAGCACGAGCAGUCCAGCGGACUGAUUGAUGACAUCAAGACCCUCGGUUUCCGCGAUAUUGGUACCGUGAAGGAUCUGGUUAAGAAUAAGGCCUCCGGUGAAUUGGUUGACGACAAAACAUACCUGAUGGAGCGCAUUAUCCAGCUUGUCGCCGACAUGCCCGGUCACUCCAAGAACCGUGUCGAGCUUACCAACAGCUUCCUUGAUGAGCUGUGGACCUCUUUGCCGCAUCCCCCGCUCUCUUACAUGGGUGAUGACUACAAGUACCGUUCCGCCGAUGGUUCGAACAACAACCCCACACUCCCAUGGUUGGGUGCUGCCAACACCCCCUACUGCCGCACUAUCCCCCCUCUCUCGAUCCAGCCCAGCGGGUUGCCUGAUGCGGGUCUGGUCUUCGACAGCUUGUUUGCUCGUCAGGAGUUCACUCCUCACCCCAACAAAGUGUCCAGUGUUUUCUUCGACUGGGCUUCCCUGAUUAUUCAUGAUAUUUUCCAGACUGACUACCGCCAACCACACAUUAACAAGACCUCCGCCUACCUCGAUCUCUCCAUUCUGUAUGGUGAUGUCAAGGAGCAGCAAGAUCUUAUCCGUUCCCACAAGGACGGUAAGCUGAAGCCUGACUGCUUCUCCGAAGGUCGUCUGCAGGCUCUUCCUCCUGCUUGUGGUGUUUUGCUGGUUAUGCUUAACCGAUUCCACAAUCACGUUGUUGAGCAGCUUGCCGAGAUUAACGAGAAUGGCCGCUUUAACAAGCCCGGCAGAGACAUGAUGGGCAGACCCCUGGAAGGCGAUGCUCUUGAGGCCGCUUGGGCCAAGUACGACGAGGACCUGUUCCAGACUGGUCGUCUGAUUACUUGCGGUCUGUACAUCAACAUUACUCUUUACGAUUACCUGCGUACCAUUGUCAACCUCAACCGUACCAACUCUACCUGGUGCCUGGACCCCCGUGCCCAGAUGGAGAAGGCCGGCGCUACCCCCUCCGGUCUCGGUAACCAGUGCUCCGUCGAGUUCAACCUGGCCUACCGGUGGCACUCGGCCAUCGCCCAGGGUGAUGAGAAGUGGAUUGAGCAGAUUUACUACGACCUCAUGGGCAAGCCCGCUGACCAGGUCACCAUGCCUGAGCUGCUGAUGGGCAUGAAGAAGGUUGAGGGCAUGCUUGACGCCGAUCCCUCCAAGCGUGAGUUCGCUCACCUGAAGCGUGGCGCUGACGGCCGCUUCAAUGAUGCGGAACUUGUUGCUAUUCUCAAGAACGCUUCUGAGGACGUUGCUAGCUCCUUCGGACCCCGUAAUGUUCCCAAGGCUCUGCGUUCCAUCGAGAUUCUCGGCAUGGAGGCUGCCCGCCGCUGGCAGGUCGGUUCCCUCAACGAGUUCCGUAAGCACUUCGGCCUGAAGACUUAUGACACUUUUGAGGAGAUCAACUCCGACCCUGAGAUUGCCAACACUCUGCGUCACCUCUAUGAGCACCCUGACUUCGUCGAGUUGUACCCCGGUAUUGUCUCCGAGGAGGCGAAGGAGCCCAUGAUUCCUGGUGUCGGUAUCGCCCCCACAUAUACCGUUUCCCGUGCUGUCCUGUCCGAUGCCGUCGCUCUCGUCCGUGGUGACCGUCACUACACCGUUGACUACAACCCCCGUAACAUGACCAACUGGGGUUACAACGAGUGCCGCUACGACCUGAACAUCAAUCAGGGUUGUGUUUUCUACAAGCUGGCCACCCGUGCUUUCCCUAACUACUACAAGCCUGACUCCAUCUAUGCGCACUACCCCAUGACCAUCCCCAGCGAGAACCGCAAGAUCAUGAAGACGCUCGGUCGUGAGGACGACUACUCCUAUGAUGCUCCUUCCUUCAUUCCUCCGCGUGUGAACUUGACCUCUCACCAGGCUGCCAAGGCUGUCCUCAGCAACCAGACCGACUUCAAGCCCUCGUUCAGCACUGCUUUGGACCAGCUGUUUGGCAAGGGCCAGUUCGACGCCAAGCAACAGCAAGCCUUGGCCGAGGCUCUCACUGCCGAUGAAUUCCCCAGACUUAUCAAGCAGUUCUACGAGGAAACUACUCUGCACUUGCUCCAGCAGAACGGUGCCAAGAUCGCCAACAUCAACCAGGUUGACAUCACCCGUGAUGUUGGCAACUCAGCCCACGUCUACUUCGCCGCUGCCCUCUUCGGUUUGCCUCUAAAGACCGAGGAGAACCCCUCUGGCCUCUUCACCGAGCACGAGAUGUACAUGAUCCUCACCACCAUCUAUUCCGCGCUCUUCUUCGAUGUCGAUGCCCCCAAGUCGUUCUCUCUGAACCGCGCCGCCACCGCCGUUGCCCAGCAGCUCGGCUCCGUUGUCGAGGCCACUGUCAAGGCUGACACCAACAACGGUCUCCUGUCCGGCCUCAUGAACAGCUUCCGCCCCCACGACAACGCCCUGCGCGAGUUCGGUACCGCCGCCCUCCGCCGCCUGCAAGAGUCCGGCCUUACCGCCUCGGAGAUCACCUGGUCGCAGGUCAUCCCGACUAUCGUCUCCCUGGUCCCCAACCAGGGCCAGGUGUUCACCCAGGUCAUCGAGUACUACACCGGUGCCGGCAAGCAGCACUGGGCCGAGAUCAGCCGUCUCGCCAAGGAGGAGUCCGCUGCCAAUGACGAGCAACUCUACCGCUACUGCCUGGAGGCUAUCCGUAUCAAUGGAACUUUCGGCUCCUACUGCGAGGCCCAAAACAACGUCACCAUCGAGGACAACGGCAAGGCAAUCGACAUCCCGGCCGGUAACAUGGUCUUCGCCUCUUUUGUCCAAGCCAACCACGACGCCAGCGUCUUCCCCGAUCCCGACGAGGUCAAGCUCGAUCGCCCCAUCGACUCCUACAUCGCACACGGCCAGGGUCCCAACACUGGCUUCGGUCAGGAGAUCACCAAGAUCGCCCUUGUUGCCAUGAUCCGCGUCGUCGGCCGCCUGGAGAACCUCCGCCGCGCCCCUGGUGCCCAGGGCCAGCUCAAGAAGAUCCAGCAGGAGGGUGGCUACUACGUCUACCUCCGCCAGGACGGCACCUCUUACUUCCCCUUCCCUAUGACUCUCAAGCUCCACUGGGACGGCGACUUCAAGUUCGAGCAGAAGAAAUGA